ACUGGCUGAAUUAGUCACGCUGACAGGCGUCCGGCUGGCCCAGUAGAGCUUCUCCGAGCCGGCGUCUGAUUGGCCAGUUCGGAGACACGGCGGCAGGCCCCCGGAGGGAAGCUUGGUUGCGCGGACACCAGUUACAUAGCGCUGGGUACGGGGUGCCCUUGGGCUCAGUCUGCGGAACUCUUGACGGGAGAACGCGCGGCGGCGGUUUUGCAUCCCUUCCUCUACUUUGCGUGGUAAUGAAUGGGGGAGCGGGAGCCUCUCGUGUGAGGAAUGGAGGGGGGCACCCCAUACCCCGAACCGGAGGAGCGGGAUUAGGGGAGAAGCAGAAGCCUGCGCUGUAGGCCGGGCAGGGAGGAGAAGCGGGUCGAGGCGGGAGCGGGCUGUGUGGAAGGCCAAGGUCAGGCAGGUGAGCCCGGGGAGAGAGGCCGGACCGCCUCCACGUGGCCUGGAGCAGGAGCGCGGCGGGCGGCGGAAUCGCGGCCCUUCAUGGCCUCCCCCCUCCCCCCGGUCAUCGCCCUGGAAGGGGCUGUAGAUGCAGCCCCUGCAGCGGCCCUUCCCUUCCACGGGCGGUGGAGACGCCGGUGUCUCCUGCCGGAGGGACGCGGCGUCCCCAGAGGCCCCGCAGCGCUGACUCAUAGGCGGCGAUUUUAUCAGGUUUCGAGCAUGCGCCCUUAUGCAAGAUAAGGAAGAGGCGGCUGCUGCUGCUGCUUUCUGGGCAUCUUUCGACCUUGUGAAGCUCCACAUAAAGCCGAAAAGGAAGGCACAGGUCGUUGACCUCAAUGAAAGAGGCCGCCCGAGAAAAGAACAUUGCUGCGCGCCGGUUUGACCCCCCGCGUGAACUCGUGCCCUUCAUCCCGCCCUUAAGCAAAGCUGUUAGCGCGGCCUGGAGCUUCCCGCCGAAAACCAAGCAUGGCUAAAGGCACAGGGUGAACUUGGUCCCUAGAUAUAUAGGGCGUCCAUAUGAUCACACCGAACAGCAGGGAUUAGCAGUCUCUAUUUGCUAGCCACUCACAAAUACGGGGUUGGUAUUUAAAAGAAGAAAUUUUAAAUGCAUAUAUACAUAUACAUACAUGUGCUAUAUGUAUUUUAAAUCUAUCCUUUUGUUUACCAACUCCAUAUUUGUGAGGGUGGCUGGCAAAGAGAGACUGCUCGUCCCUGCUGUUCAGUGUGAUCUUGUGGAUGCUCCCUUAACUCUGUGAAACAGGAGACUUGAGAAGGAAGGCAUGCUUUGUUCCAACAUUACAGUGCCUCUCUCACUUACCUCUGUAACACGGACAAUUUUCCUGGUGUCACUGUCCUAACCACAGUUUUUGAGACUGCCCCCAAACUGAGAGGGAAGAUGAGAAAUAACACUUAGCAUGACCCUUAUUUCCUCAACAGGUUUGGCAGUAGUGGGUCCUGUUGAGGAAAUAAGGCACUGUAAUGUUGGAACACCUCUUGCUUAACAAUUUCAGCCAUGUGCAUGUUGAUUUGGAAGCAAGAACCUCCCAAGUAAAGUACAUAGGAUUGUAGCGUUGCACAAUAACAGUGUCACGAACAACUUAGCUUGCCCUGAUUGUAUCCUGGGUAUGAUGACACUACAGGAAUAUAGAUUACUAUGAAUCAGACAGAAUUGAAUAUAUCUGAUACCUUGUUUUAUGCAGACAAGCUCUUUGAUAUUCACUUAUGCUAUCUUACUCUAGAACAAAUGCUCCAAACAAAUUUCCUGAGAUAGUUUUGAACCCCAGGGACAGACCAUUUUCUUCUUUAAUGUUUCAUUUUAACAUGUAACAUUAGUAAAACCUAAUAGCUUUUGAAAGUUGAUCUACUGUUCAUAGCCAUUGGCUUUAAAAUGCAUUGUUUUGUGCUUCGUUUUUUGUUUUCUUUAUGGCCGCUUUUAGAAGUACCCGGAUCUUUGCAUUCUUACUGCGUUUCUCAUUCACUUCAGAUGAGCCCAACUGACCUUGAAAUGUUUAAGAUUGUAUGAUGAUCUUGUUUUUCUUCAGCAGUGACCAUGGGAGACGUUGAGAAGGGCAAGAAGAUCUUUGUUCAGAAGUGUUCGCAGUGCCACACAGUUGAGAAGGGAGGCAAGCACAAGACUGGCCCUAACCUUCAUGGUCUUUUUGGCCGAAAGACUGGUCAGGCCGAAGGUUUCUCUUACACAGACGCCAACAAAAGCAAAGGUAAAAUGGAAGUGUCCUGUUAGCUUUGCAAAUCAGAUUGCAGGAAAACUAGCAGCAGUCAAUAGGGAGGACAUAGUUGUAACAUAGAAUGCAUGCUCACUCCCAUGACCAGGGCAUUCUGGAAUGUGCUCUGCAUCUUUCCAAAACUCAACCAGUCCCACUUCAUUGCCUGUUAUGUGCCCUGCUUUUAGGUCAUCAAGGAAAGGUGGCUAGGGAGUCAACCACAGCUUAUCAGGAUGCAGAGGAGGAAGGUCGGCUCUGUGUGCAUGGCACCAGUGGGAGUGCUGGAUUGGCUCCACUGGUGCAUCCACAGAGCACUGACCUUGUCCCAGCAGUGGUGUGGCAGGACUCCAGGUACAUGCUGCUGCCACUCCUGCCUGCUUUCAAGAAUUAACUUGCCAUUUAAUUUCUGUUCUCUCUGGGGUCAGCUUCCUAACUUCUUCUUUGCAGCAGCUUUGAGCUGCCAUUUAAUCCUGAGACAGCCCACACUAGAUUAGUGUCUCUCUUGCAACUCCCAGCUCCAUACCUAUUUGUGCAGGUUAGCUGGCAAAAAAUUGUUUGCCAAGUAAAGAGCCAUAGAAACACCACCUAGUGGUUGCAUGCAGUGGGCAGGCUUUUAGGUUUUGACUGUCAUGAGAAUGAGCAAUUUCAGAGUUCCUAAAACAAAAAUACUGAGGACCUCAUCUUAACAAAUGCCCACUUAGGGAAAGAUUUUGCCAUGCAUUGCACGGCAAUUUACUGCUUAUGCGUGUAUUGGCUUUUAUCUAAUAUAGCAUGGAAUUUUACAGGUAGCAUCAUGACUGUACAAACAAGCAGGGUUGAGCAGGAAGUGUAGACUCCCAUCAUGUGCUUUCAGUUCAGGGCCAGUAACAACAUCUUUAAGAGUAAUGCCUCAGUGACUGGUCUUAAAAGUUAUCGGUUCAUGUCCUGAUUGCCUAAUUUGUCUGUCCAAAUCUGCUGGUGGUUUUAAAUAUAAAAUGAACCAUAUGACAUGGUUUUCAACAUUGGACCAAAGUAUUGAAAUGGGGGGGGGAGGGUUGUUGGAUUCUUUAUAUAGAAAACACCUUGUUAAAUACUGUUGUUGUUUCCUAGGUAUAACCUGGGGAGAAGAUACACUGAUGGUUUACUUGGAAAACCCCAAGAAGUAUAUUCCAGGAACCAAGAUGAUAUUUGCUGGCAUUAAGAAGAAGGGGGAGAGGGCAGAUUUAAUAGCAUACCUGAAGGAGGCCACUUCUAACUAAUGGCUUCUGCUGCCUUAUUUAUUUCACCAUACAAAUGGAAAUGACUCUCUGAUGAGAUUGGUUUUUAAACUUUCUAUUUUUACAUGUAUUAUAUUGUAACAACUUCAAAAAGCCUUCUCGUCAGCCAGAGAACUUUUGAUCAUGAAUGGUUGCUAACAUAUGUACUUGUUCUUGUAUUAUAAUUUAUAGAAUUAUGCAAUCGGGCUUGAAUGAGUACAGUCAGGGUCACUGUAGCGUUACCUGAUCAUGUAAUUAAAAAACAAACAACCCCUGUCAAUG